GUGCUAGCAGCAACAGCAGGCAGUAAUCAAAUCACUCUAGCUUAUUUUGCAGACUGCACAAACAAAGCAAACCGUACAGGGACCGUCAUUCUGUGAGCUUUAACUUUGGCUUUUAAAGCCUCUAUUGCAGUGUUUUAUCCAGAAGGAAUGUACACCGGAAAAAAAUGGGAAUCUUGAGAUUUUGACCAGGAGAAACCAGGGAAAACAGGUCGCACCAGGGGAUUCCGAGAUUUCAGAGUGGAAACACUGUCCAGGCUCACACUGGCUGCUUGGGAAGCUGGCUGGCUUCCCAAGAGGAGGAGUCUCGGCCCCAGAGCUCCCCUCAGUACAGACGAGGCGUAGACAGAAGGCACUGCCCGGGACAGCCAGUGAUCUCCAGACUUACCGCGUUCGUUGCUCUCCUCUCACAGGGUUCUACAUGCGGCUUUGAGAAUGCGUGCAGCCCCGGUUUCUGGCCUCCUGGCCCCCGUGGCUCUGCUGCUUCUCCUGUGGCCCUCAGAGAGAUUUACUGAUGCCUGCAGCUGCUCACCCGUACACCCACAGCAGGCCUUCUGUAACGCAGACAUAGUGAUAAGAGCCAAGGCCAUUGUGGGUAAAGAGGUGGACAGUGGAAGUGAUGUCUAUGGGAAUCCUAUCAAAAGAAUUCAGUAUGAAAUCAAGCAGAUUAAGAUGUUCAAGGGACCUGCUGAGGACAUACAAUACAUCUUCACAGCUACUUCGUCUGCAGUGUGUGGGGUGACUCUGGAGACUGCUGGCAAGAAAGAGUACCUGAUUGCAGGCAAGACGGAGGGUGAUGGAAAAAUGCAUAUCACACUGUGUGACUUCAUUGUACCAUGGGAUUCUCUCACCCAGACCCAGAAGAAAAGUCUUAAUCAGAGAUAUGAGAUGGGCUGUGAGUGUAAGAUCUCACGCUGUCCUUCCAUACCCUGCUUCGUCUCUUCUCACGAUGAAUGUCUCUGGACAGACUGGAUGACAGAGAAGAGCAUAAAUGGACGGCAGGCAAAACAUUAUGCCUGCAUAAAGCGCAGUGAUGGAUCCUGCUCCUGGUACCGGGGGACUGCUCCCCCAAAGCAGGAGUUCCUCGACAUAGAGGAUCCGUAAAGCCUGUCUCUACCAAGUCCCAGUCACCAUUCAGAGAACCUAGCCAAGGAGGAGGGGAUGCAGGCAACCUUUUUAUUUUGUCACAGGUUAACAUCAGUUCCUGCAAGUCACAUGGCUGAACAGAAGAAGCUGGACUGCAAGCUGUCAUGGGACAAGGGCUUAACCCCUUCAUUGCUGAAAAGAUUGCAGCACUGAAAGGAUUAAAUGAAUCCAAGAUGAUGGACUCUGUUUCCACCCUACCUGUUAGACUUCAUUUUACCACAUUCCCUAUCAUGCAGUCUGUUGGAGCACACAAGGCCACAUAUAGAAUCCCCUUAUUCUGUGUAGCUGGUCUACAGCCCUUUUCCUCACUUACCCCAUGCGCCCUGAUCUCAUUACAUUAAAGAUAAUCUGCAAAGCGAGGUCCAAGUUCUGAGUGCAGGGAGUAUAAUGAGUGCUCUCUCACACACAACACUGUUAUCUGUAUAAAUCUGAGACAGCUCUCAUUAUACAGUGUAUGUAUACUUUUUUUUUCAAUACCUGGUGUUUCUAUCUUUGGGAUCUGUCUAGGAGUGAUCUUAAAGGAAUACUAAUGCUAAAAUAACACUUCAUCUCAUUAGAAAAAGCCUGUUGUGGUUUUCAUAGAAUUCUUCCAUAGCACUUGAAGUAUACAUGUUAGGGUAAGCACUUUCUGGAUAAGAAAAGGGCUUCAUAUGAACAUUGAGAGUUGCUUCAAGUUCUCUAGGGUUGGGCGCAAAACCAAAUCCCACAACAGGGAUGAAUAUCUUAUAUGAAAAGAAGCAUAUUAUGUCUCGCAAAGCUAGCUAGAUAUGGCUGAAUGGGCCCCUACAGCAUGUUUUAUGUAUCUGCGGUUGGCUUGUCUGCAAUCUGUGCCCAUCUGAUAAUCUUGGGGUUUUGUCAGAAAAUUGAGACAGCAGUUUGAAAUAUUCACUUAUAUCAUGGCGAUACUAAAGAACAACAGAUGACUAUAAUAGCUAACAACAAUAGAAAAUAACAUGCUGAAACAAAACAGCCUGAUAUUUACACUUUUACUUAUAAAAUGGUGACUGCUACAGCAUGCUAUAUGUCCACUGUGCAAUGUGAUUAUUUUGCAUUAGUUUUCUUUUAAGUGGAUUACAGUGUAAAUGUGCAGUGUUUUGACUGCAUUAAUAUAAGCCUUCAGCACUUUGCUUUAUAAUUAGGCAGUGUUCAUUUUUGCAGUAAUAUAGGAUUAGAUUGUGUAAGUCAAAUGUACACAAACUUCUUUAACUUAAACAGCAUAAAAUGUGCCCACUACAAAAUCACAAUUUACAGGACACACAAAGCAUCCUGGAGUGAACGCUAUAAACACUGCACCUUGUUUUUCAUUCAUAGAUGACACUCAAUCACCUUGGUCCAGGUGUGUACAGUAUAAAGCAAUAGCAAACCUCCUUUACAUCCCACAGAGCAGAUUGUGUGCACACGGUCCCAAACACCUGACACAUAAACAGAUCUCUACAUCACGGUGCAAAGGACUGGAUGUUACAUGUGCCUGAUGUAUUGCAUAGCUUUUGGGUGUAUUUAAACCCUUCCAGUGCUAGAACAAUGUUUAUCCUAUUUAUAUCAUAUUAUUUCGUAUUUCCCAGUUUAUUCCUGACCUGGCUUUCUGGUCCUUGUGUCAAGCCAACUCCCUCUGUACAAACAAGUAUACUGUAAUUCACAGUAAUGCUACUUGUAGAGUUUUUGCUUGGUAAGUAUAAAACGAAAUGUGUAUUUUUUUCUGCUGCCAGUAUUAAUUUAAAGCUUUUUUGUUAUCUUUGUGUUUUUUUUUGCCGAGAAUAAAAGUCUGAGACUUGUGGAGAGAGAAGGGGAAAGUUGCAUGUUCUGUGCUUUGCACUCAUUCCAAUGCUCGAUGACAAAUUCUGUAUGUGAAUGUUUCAUCGGUGCCAUUAAACAGUAUUAUCUGCCAA